AGGUUCUCCCGAUCGGACGAACUGUCUCGUCACCGCCGCUCUCACUCCGGCAUCAAGCCGUACGAGUGCUCGCUGUGCGAGAAGAAGUUCGCCCGCAGUGACCACUUAUCCAAACACACGAAAGUCCACCGCAGCUCCAGGCCCAGCAGGAUUAUCAGAGCCACUGUGUGAGACCCCUUCAGCUGGCCUAAAACCCUGCCCUGCGCCCACCCAGCCUGGCCUGCCUUCGACCAGCUCGGGGGGCCAGGGGCUCCCUCAGGACUUUUGGUGCUUCACAAGCAGAACUUUCAGAAGAAUCUUGAUAGCUGGCUGCUGUUGUCCCCUCAUAGUUUCCUUCUUCUCUCUCCUCCCCGUUGUUUAUCUUUCACUGUUUCUUCUGAGCAGCUUGUCCUAUACUGAACGAAAAGCCCCCUCAGGAAAAAGACAGCUGAAAGUGGAUUUCCUGGCCUUCACACACACACACACACAAGACAAAAACAUACAAGAGGAGAAAGUUUUACAGAGGCCCCUCUUGCAGCCAAUGUGUGCACUGCUGUUCCUGUUACCAAGCUACCAGGUGCUGUUGGAAGUAGGGUGGCAACCAGUAAUAGGAGUGUCUGUAAUUCUAUAAUCUCCUCUUUAAUUUUGUGAUAGCCCUUCUUCCUCAAAGCCAAACUUCAGGGUCCACACACAUAAAGCUUCCCAGUGUUUUUGUACGUUGCUGAAGUAAAAAUUUAGAGUCACAUGUACGCCAUGUGUUCUAACCAGAAGGCUUGCAAUGGACAUGUUCACAUAAAGUAAAAUUAAAGCAGCAGAAUCUCCUCUAGAUACAGCUCACCCUGACUGAACUGUAUGACUCUUGAUAUUUGGAGUAAAUGCUGAGAUAUUGUUUUUGUCAAACUAAACUUGUGGCUUUGCUCCCAAUUUGGCUGAGAAAAACUUUCGAUGUUUGUUUGCAUCCAACCCUGGCCUUUUAUUGCAUUCGUCCAAUCAUAAUCCACCCUGUUUUGACCUGUAUGCCUUUUCUCAGCCCCACUAUGCCCUAAUCUCUAUCGAUGCCUUUGUCCGUAUCACAAAACCUCACUUGAUCCUACUGUUAUCAUAUGACUGCUCUUAUUUAACUGUGAUUCUGAACCGGGGGUUGCCAAACCAGAAAUCCCUGUUCUGGCCCUGUGAGAGCAUGAAAAACGACAUCCUCGGUGCGUGACAGUAUAUAAGCUCUUUGUUCUCUGAAACUCUCUUGAAAUCAUUGUGCAGCCGACUUAUGUGGCCUAGAAAACGACUCGGUAUAUAUGUUACGUUUUGGCUCAAUGGUGCAAAAGUGAUGUGAAACACUACUCUUUUUUCUUUACAGUAGCACUUACUGUAAGACAUUUCUCUGUUGAUUAUAGCAGCAAGAAAAGCUAAUAGGUUAAACAGCUGGAAAGGCAGCUAACAUCUAUUCAAUCAUCUGUAUUAGCAUACUCAAUAUAAUAUGUACUGAACGUGUACAGCUUGUAGCCUUUAUAUAGAUGUUUUUUUAUCAAAGACGAUUUUCAAUCAGUGCAUUAAGCUAUUCAGUCGUGUUUCCGGAGAGGUUUUUGGUCUGUUAUGUGAGUUUGAUUGUAGCGUGAUCAAUCUGUGGAAUGUCAGACUGAUUAUGGUCUGGGAUUUGGAGUCCCACUCUACCAUUCACAAACCAUUAAGCUGAGUCUGCUGGUCUCAAGUGCACUUGUGUUAGUGGAAAGUGAGAAACGGUCAUUGUGCUCUUAUGGCAGUUCCGUAAAAUGUAUUGGAACCGUAAAUGCCAAAAAAAAAACAGAUUUUCCAAGGAAGGUUAAACUGCACUGCGCAGUGCAGACACUAUUAUCAUUUAUUCUUUGAUCUCAACACUUGGUGCUUGUUAACCUAACAGUGCUUCACGUAAAGAGACUGUAUAACUGACAGCAUAGCGCUUCACAUAACUGGAUUGUCUCUGUUGAACCAGCAGACACUUUACUACUACAAAUCGUUCUUAACUUAGCUCAAGCAACAUUGGUGCUUUUGGAUGAACUCAAAACUAGAGCACUUCUGCAUGUAGCAGUGCACAUUUACACAGCAAUCAUGCAUAUAUCUUUGUCUUGUAGCAUUAAGGAUACAUUAGAAUUCACUCCUUAAACCAUGCUUAGUAAUGUAGGAACCCGUUCAAAGCAGACAGACGGGCAGACGUGUUUAUCUGUCUGAACCAGCGCUGUCUUUGUGUCUGAGCCUCCCCAGGCUGCUUCUACUGACCUACAUCCAGACCUGUAUUCCCUAAUCAUCGUCAUCCAAUUCUCUCUCUGUCUCUCUUCUUCUGUUUCUCUCUCAAUCUUGUCUGUGUAUCUGGUUGAACACAGGCUGUUUUUUUGUUUGUUUUUUUUGAAUACCAGAAAUGCUAUUUUCCUAUUUGCAAAAAUAAAAGCAAAAAAAAGAAAAUAUGGAAUCCUUUGCUUUGUUGUUAUUUGAGGGAU